GAGGCUUUUAUAGCUUUGAUGUCUGAAAAUGGCCGUACAGUUCUCAGGAGCAGGCUUUACCCGCCCAGGCCCAGUUCAGAUUUUACUACAGGCUUGGUUGCAUUCAAGUUUGCUAAGGAUGCUGCAGAAGUUAUGCAUCGAAUGAAUAAGAAACCCCCAUUGAAUAUGGAGAUGACUUAUGCUCACAAGAAGAAGCACUCAAGGAUAAGGGGUGACAACCAAAGUGACUCAUCAUCUGGUUCACAUUCAAGAAUGCCACCUCAGUCAUCCGUUUCUGAUGAAGUUCCGUCCCUGGGUAAUAAAGGUCGUGGAAGUUUUCUUAGUAAUGCCUUAAAGUUCUCAAAAUCUCCGGUUGACCUUCAAAAUGACUCUUCUUCAUUUGAUUCACAUUCAAAAAAGAAACCUCUGUCAACUACUUCUGAUCCUGUUCCUUCCUUGGGUGGUAAAGGUCGUGGAAACCUUUUUAGUAAUGACUCGAAAUUCCCACGUCUAAGAGUAGUAUUGGAUGGUCAAAAGCGAUCUUCUGAAAUUAUUUCUUUACCUCCAUCAGACCUCCCACAACUGGUUGAAAACCCAUUUCUGAAAUGUUUAUGUUGUGAUAAUGUUGGAAAAUUUUCCUGUGCUACAUGUAAAGGGCCAUAUUGCUCAUCCAAAUGUCAAGUGGAAGAUUGGCCAAAACAUAAGCUUUCAUGCAAUAGUUCUCAUAAAAGGUCUCGAGACAGCAGCUACGUAUCUGAAAGUAGCGGCUCUGACAGUGAAAAGAAAUCUCUGCCUUCUAAAUUUGCUGUACCAAAAACUGUCAACAAACAGCCUGUUUUACAAGUUGUUAAAGUCAAAGACAUUAAGACAGAAGCCUUACCUAAGGAUAAGCAUAUAAAGGUGAACGUGAGUCAUUUUAUUAAUCCGUCUAAGCUUUGGAUUCAGCCUUCCACUGCUCCAGAUCGUCUAUCGCAGAUGGAAAGAGAUCUCGCUUUGUUUGUGAAGCAAACGCCAUCGUCAUACGAUUUGAGUCACGUUUAUUGUGUUAAUCAGCGUGGCUCCUGCAAACGCGUGGCUGUAUUGGAGGUAAAUGGUGAUAAAACAGCUUCAGUCCAGUUUCUAGAUUAUGGGAACACAGCUACAGUUCAGAUAAAUCAACUGUUCCUUCUUCCAAAUACUUUCAAAGAAAUUCCUUACCAGGCCAUACAGUGUAAAUUAGGGGAUAUUGGGGAAGAGAAGGACAUUGCCUGGAGUGAAGAUGACACUGAAUAUUUCCAGAAGCAAUUUGCCAAUAAGUCUUACUCAGCUCGUGCUCUCAAGGUCCUUGGAAAUGAUACCUAUGUAGUCAAUCUCUCAUAUGAUGGUUUAUCACUAUAUUCAAUUUUAUCUGUGUUAAACCCAAACCUCUCAACAGUUGAAGUAAAGGAAAGCGCUGUUGAUUCUGCUGGAUCAAAACAGCCAUCCAUUCCUUCUGUUUGGUCUUCCCUGAAGAAUGGAGAUAAGGUUGCAAUACUGGGACUUGAAUUCUCUGAGAAUCAAUUCUGGGGAAUAUUGGAUAAUGGAAGUGGGGCACAGAAAAGCAUAGAAGAACUGGAUCGCAUUUUUAAGUCCCUCGACACUAAAGAUUGCAGUCUAUGUGCUGAAGAAGGAGAUGUAGUUGCUGGUCUAUCUCUUAAAUUUAAUGAGUUUUAUCGUUGUGUUGUUUUGAAAAGGAUGCGUGAUAAAUUCCUCGUUCAUUUCAUAGACUAUGGAAAUGAAGAAGAGAUUUCAAAGUUAUGUGAAUUGACUCCAGAAUUGUGGAGCAAGUGUUGCUAUGUGGUGUGUUGCUCAAAACCUAAUUCUAUUUCUCAAGAGGAGUUCAAGUCUGUGUUUACUAAAACUGUUAGUGUCUGUGUAAAUAAAUCAGACGAUAACUCGACUAAACUUUCUUUCCUCCAUAAGAAUUGCGAGAUAUAUCUGGAUUGCUUCCCUUGGUACCAUGUCAUUGGUCAAGCAAAGCCUACAAAACUUCCUGAGAAAAGAAUCAAAAGUGAUCUUGUUGCUGAUAUGCCUUUUGAUGAUAGUAUUAAAUAUCAGGUAAAAGUAGUUUUUAUUGGUGGUGGUGCAUCAAAAAUAUUCAUUCAAUUACUAGAAAAUGAAUCUAAGCUUGAAGCUUUGAUGAAGCAGUUAUAUAAACACUGUUCUUCAAAUAUAUCUGAUAAAUAUACCCCUAUCAAAAAUGAAAUAGUUUGUUGCAAGUUCAAGGAAGAUGGCAAUUGGUAUCGAGGUGAAGUGAUUGGAAAAAAAGGGAAAAAGUACAAAGUAUUCUUUGUAGAUUUUGGAAAUGAAGAUUGGGUCGUGGAGGAAGAAAUGAGAGCUCUACCUACAAACCUUUCUUUGCAUAAGUUAGUUAUUUGCACUUCAUUGCCUAUAGUUAAUGAUGAAGAUUUAAAAGAAUUGAUUCCAAAGUUAACAAGUGAGUGUUGGGAAAUGAAGAUAAUUGAUAAGUCAUCAUCGCCUGUUAAAAUUAUGCUCUAUCAGAACGAGAAACCUGUGACAGACUUCUUGAAGAAGAAAUUUGUUCCUACAAAAGCAUCCCUAUCACAACAGAAGCUACCUGAAGGAAAAAAAUGUGAAGUUAUGGUUUUUCACACAGAAAAAAAUGUUGUCUAUGUUCAGCAGAUAGAAGAUGCCCAGCAAAUCAGAGAUUUGGACAACAAUAUGAAUUCUGCUGUUGCUGCUAUGCCUCCUGCAAAAGAAAUAUUAAUAAAUAACGUCUAUUGUGCUCUUUUUACUGACGGGUUAUGGUAUCGAGCAUCGAUUGACAAGGACUUGCAAAACAAUCAAUAUCUUGCCACCUUCAUUGAUUUUGGCAAUCAGGAAAUUGUAGAUGUUCAAAAUCUUAAAGACUUAUCUGAAGAAUUUUUUAAGUUUCCAAUUUUUGGUAUCUCAGUUAUUCCACAAAAUGUUAGCGUGUCCCAAAUGCAAGCGCAAGUAAAGUACCAAGUUGAAGUGAUAGAAGAGUCACCUGGAGCUCAGUUAGUAAAAAUUUUGAAUGUUGGUAGAUCAGAUGAUAGUAUCCAAACAUCAGAAGUUUCUUCAAGGGUAAAAAUAUCUAGUUUAGAGAAGCAACUAAUUCCGUUAAAUAAAACAGUUGAGGUUUCUUUGUGUUACAUAGAAGAAGAAAUCUACUAUUGCUGGCUUGUUUGCGAGCAGGAGAGAAUCAAAUCUUUAGAAGCAAAAUUGCUAUCUGCUGCAGCAUUUGAGUCUCUGAGUAAAUUGCCAGAUGUCGGCUGUGUUGUGUGUGCCAAAUUUACUGAUGACAUUUGGUACCGAGGAUCCGUCGAAGAGGUUUGCCCGUCUUCAAGUUCGUGUAAAAUUUGCUUUAUCGAUUACGGUAACACAGAAACAAUAAGUAUUGAAAAUAUGAGAAUUUUACCCUCCGAAAUUAAUUCAUUUCCAAUAUUUUCCAUUCCUGUUAGAUUUUCUAACCCAGAAAAAUUGCAGAAGCUUGUAGAAAACGGAGCAACCACAUUCCAUGUUCAGGCAGUGGAGUUAUCUGACGAAGGCAUACAGCUGGUCAAAAUUGUAGAGCUGGAAGAUAAAAAGCCGAUCUUUACUUCCAUACCUACACAAUUAUUGUCCGAUUUGCCCACAGAAGUGGCUGUUUGUUACAAAGAAAGUGAUUUAUAUUAUGUUCAAAAAGUGUCCGAUGAGGAUUCUCUCAAAGAAAUGAUGACCAGUUUGCAGAAUCCUGAAAAUCUGGAUGCUGUACAGCAUUCACCUAAAGUAGGAGAGGUUAUAUGUGCUAAAUCAAAGGAUGGUUUAUGGUAUCGAGGAAUUAUAAAAAAGGAUUGCGGGAAUGAUUUGUUAAAAGUCUUUUUUGUUGAUUAUGGCAGCACAGAGGAAGUCAACAAAAAACAUGUUUGUUAUUUACUUCCAAUAUAUGCUUCUCUUCCUAUGCUCAGUAUUCCAAUUAAACUAAGUGAUUUGAAUAAAUACACAACAUGCUUAUCUAUAGACUCCAGGUACACAGUCAAGUGCAUUGGUACAGCGUCUGAUAACAUCCAAAUUGUAAAAGUGCGGCCAUCUGUAAAGUUUGUUCCUAUAAGCAGUAUUAAAUCUUGUACGUUAGAGGAAAAUUUAACACUCGUAAAUUGUCAUAAUUCCUGUGAAAAAUAUUACUUUUUGAUAAAGAAUUCAGAUAUUGAUAGAAUGAAUGAAAUGAACAGAUUAUUAAAGGAAUUUAAAGGCGAGGAGAUUUUUGAUGCUCCAGUAGUGGAUGAAAUUGUAAUUGUAAAAGGUGCCGAUAAAAACUGGUCUCGUGGUUGCAUUCAAGUGACAAAUGUUAGACCAGGGUUUUGCAGAGUUUUAUUUGUUGACAAAGGCACUUCAGAAGAUGUUCCUUAUUCUGAUGUCUGCUACAUGUCUGAACAAUUCAAUUCAUUUCCCCUUUUUAACAUUAAAGUUUUAAUAAAUUCUGAUACGCAAUUUCAAAUUGGAAAAGAGUAUGUGGUACAAGUUGAGUCAAAAAUAGAUAAUGUUCCUCUGGUUCGAGUUGUAACUCAAUACACUUUACACUCGCUUGAAAAACUGUAUCUGCCAAUGCAAACUCCGAUAAAAGUUAGGUUUUGCCAUUGUGAUAGAGAUGUCUUUUUUGUACAAGUUGUUGAUCAGUUUCCAUUAUUGAAGGAACUGUCCCAAGAAGUGCAAACCUGUUCCUUGGGUAUUAUUCACAAACCCAAAGUUGGGGAACUGCUGGUUGCUCGGUGUAGCCUCGAUAACAUACAAUAUCGUUGUAGUGUGGAAGAAGUGAUAUCCAGUGAUAUGUUUAAAGUUAUCUUUAUUGACUAUGGCAACAGUGAAGUUGUUUCCAAAGAAAAAAUGCAGUACUUUAGUGAUAAGCUUUUUAAAUAUCCUCCUCUCUGCAGAGGCGUUAAAAUUCCUAACUUAACAGCAGCUAUUGAAUUAGAACAAGAGUAUACAGUACUGGCUAAAAACUUACCAGAGAGUAAUGAACCUCAAGUUGUUGAAUUAAUUCUUGAAACUGUUCAACAAAUUCAACCACUGUGUAAAGAGAUAAAUGUUUCUGCUCAGAAGUUUAAUUAUGGUGACAUGAAACCUGUGCCUUUCCCAAUUGGUGAGCAGGACAUUAUCAUACACACUGUAGUUUCACCUCAAAUUGUGUUUUGUGCUCCAUUCAGCGAAGCAAAUUUGACUGCCUUAACGGAUUUAUUUCAAGAAAUUACCAAAUACUGCAAUGAACUUACUGAUAUUUCCUCUUACGAAGGUGAUCCUCCAGUGGAAGGUGAAAUAGUCUUAGCAAAAUAUGAAGAUGCUUGGUACAGAGCACUUAUUGUGAAUGACUAUGCUCCAAACUAUGAAGUUCUGUAUGUGGAUUUUGGGAAUUCAGAGGAGAUUUCCAUCAAAGACAUGAGAAGGAUGACAAAUGCAUUCAUGUCUUUAGAAGUACAAACUCACCCUUGCCUUCUCACUGGUUACAAUUAUGAGGAAACUGAUUCAAAUAGAAUAGAGGAAGAGAUAAAAAAAUUCACCAUGCAGUGUCUGAGUGGAAUUGCAACUAAAGUAGGAGAAGAUAUGCAAGUCGAGAUAAGUCUUAUCACUGAGCACCUCAAGGAGAGGAAUCUGAUUACCUCAUAAAAUAGGACACCGUUCAUCGAAUUCAUUUGGAGCAUUUUUCAUUUUCUGUUGUGUUAAGCAUCUUGGGCCAAUAUCAUCAAAAACAAAAUACCAAUUUGGAUAUGCACAAAUUAUUUUGUAUGUGUUCAUUUUACAACAUUUCCAUUUACAGUUUUGCAUUUAGACUUGUAUAAAUUAAGAAAAACUCGAAUUUGUUGUACUGUUGUAUGUAAUAAAUCUAUAAAUGUUUUUUUUUGUGGA